UGUCAGAGCAGAGGGGAUCAUAAAUGGGGGAAAGUCCCUCAGGUAUCAGCACCCCAGAAAUCAUUAUUCUGCAAUUUCAAGGUUAUUCUUAUCUACCGCUCUGCUUUCGAAAACAGGUCUUUCUCUUCUCAUAUAUUUUUGCCUAUUCUUGGCACCCUGAUCAUAUCCAUAAGGCUGUGAGGCCUCCAAUCGAUUCCCCCGUCCGUUCACUGCAUAUAUCACAAAUAUUACAGUGACGACAUGGUGAAAGAUCGAUACGACUCAAUCCCAGGUUUCUCUUCCAUAGGACCUGGUAUCUGGGAGUAUGCACGCCAUACCCCGACACAGUUAUCUGGAAAGAGUGAAGAGCAAUGUCCCGACCUGAUUUUCAUCUUCUCAUGGACAGGCGCUGGAGGACGACACAUUCUGAAAUACACACAAAAUUAUCAAAUCUUGUUCCCAUCAAGUCGAAUACUUGUCGUCACUACAUCGAUUAAAGACAUGGCCCUACGGACAUCAAAGAGACGACAACGUCGACUUCGGCCUGCCAUCGACCAUAUUCUCCAAUACAAGGCGAAUGAUAUACUCAUCCACGCAUUCUCAGAAGGUGGUACAAAUAAGGCUGUGGAGUUUGCAGAGGCUUACUACAACGAGACGGGGCAACGGUUGCCAGCCACUACAGUAUGUAUUGACUCGGCACCAGGUAAGCCCCGAUUCAUGCCGUUGGUCAAUGCUGUAAGGAAGAGCCUUCCGCCACACCCUAUUCUCCGAUUUGGAGGUCUGGCCAUCAGUUGGAUUUGGUUUUCCUUGGUGUGGGCCAUUUACAUCAUCAAUGGAGGCAAGAAAACUAGUCCCAUCGCGAAGACAAGGCGUCGCUUACUUGAUGACCGAUUGUGGGACUUCGAAGCACCAAGGUGUUAUCUUUAUUCGAGAGCUGAUGAUUUGAUAAUGUGGCCCGACAUUCAAGAGCAUGCAAUCGAGUCUCGAGAAAAAGGAAUACCAGUCACGGAGGCUUUCUUCGAAAAAAGUGCUCAUUGCCGACAUAUGGCGGAUGAUCCAGCAAUGUAUUGGGAUGCGGUGAUAGCGACUUGGAGACAAUCGAAACGCUGCCUACAAGAGAAAUCGACACCAUCUUCAUCGCUGAAGCAUGAGAGGUCGACCGAUACUUUGCGCAGUGCUGCCGAUUCAGAGCGGACACUUACAGGAUGAUU